AGUAUCUACAAGUACGCUCAUUCGCUCCACGGUGAGACACAUACGAAUAUGUAACUGUUAGAUACUUUUUUUCACUAAUUCAACUCAACAACAAUGAAUGAUGAUGAUGACAGCCUCGGCGACGACAACUACUACAGCCAGUCUAAUAAUGUAACUCAAGUUGGCGUGAUCGUUCGAGCUGUGCUUGCAAAAUUUGCAAAGUUGGGAAAAGCAAAGGUUCUUUUAUACAUAUUUUUUUUUGGUUUUUGGGGGAAUACGGAAACGGACAAAAGAACAAGAAUUGCAUAGAAUGUGUAGAAAGCACAUAACCGCAUCAUAACGUUGGAAAUAAUCGAUAAAACAGGCAAAUGUGAAAGCCGCUAAAAAGACAAUUGCGACGGAAAAAUAAGCAAAAACUAAGAAAACAAAAAAUAAAAAUAAAAAAUAAAGUAAAGCUACUUAGAAUAAAAAGUAAAGGAAAAAAUGGAAAUGCGCUUACACUAGCAAACGCGCACAGUGUUACAAAUGUGCUAAUGCAGGCGGACGGUUAAAAGGAAAGGAAAAGUGCUCGUCGUUGUUCAUAUGAAAAUUGUUUAUACACAUACACACAUACACAUACGGCUACUUUACGACUUGUAUGUGUGCAAAGUAUGUGCAAGUGUUCUUUGUGCGUUUGCUGCUGCUGCUGCAAAUGACAAGGAAGUCGAAAUUCUAUUCGCUUCAAUUCUGCUGCUGUUAAAAGGAAAUAUACAAUAAAUCCUUACGAAAAAAUCAACUCGACCAAAAAUUUAAUGUCGUUCUGAGUGUUGAAAUGUAUUGUAGUAUUUGCACCAAAGUGACCUUUCACAGUUGGAUACGAAACGAAAUCAGCGCCGUGCGUUUGCACACCCCCAACCAAAGCAGCGAUUACAUGAACGACAACAGCAGCAGAGGCAGUGGUAGCGGCGUCGGUAAUAAAAAGAAAAGCACCAACAACAACAACAAUAAUAAAAACAAAAACAACGACAACGAUAUUUUAUAUCCUGUAAAGGCAACGCUUACAAAAAUAUGAAAAAAUCGAUGCCAGACUCCGAUACUUCAACAGUCACAGCCAUAGCCAUAGCCAAAGCCAUAUAGCCAUAGCUAAAACACCAGCAGUGGCAAAGCAAUAGCAGCAGCGGCAUUAAAAGCUACAACAGCAACAACAACCACUGCUCUUCUCAUUGCAUUGCUGUAUUAAAUUCAUUCAUCGUAGCACUUUGAUAUUGUAUUUUCACUGAUUUUAUUUGCUGUGCUGCGAAAAUUUCUGUUUCGGUGGGCAUAAAAGGAAAAGGCAGAAAUUGUUGUUACAUACAUACAUGCAUACAUAUAUGUAGUUGUUGAUUUUCCGGAGUUUUAUAAAUUAUUACCCUACGCUUAUAAAAAAACAACAAAACAAAACAAAAAAAUUUAAAUAUAAUAAUGGCCACUUCAUCGGAAUUACUGCAUCAGCCUGAAUCUAAUAACGGUUCGGAGGAAUCUAUUAGCAAUUGUGCAAAUUCUAGCAAUUUGCUGGGUUCGCAUGUCGAUGAAGAAUCAAUACAAACAACUGGCGCAGAUGCCGAAGUAGCAACAUCACCUGAAGUCCACGAAAACGAAGAUGAUAACUCCAAAAAGGAUUUUUGUGCAACACCUUGUCACGAAAGGACGCAGGCACAGGACGUUGAACAGGAACAGCAGCAGCUAGAGCAACAUCAGCAAUCAACACCUACUUCACCCUCCUCAAUACAAACCCAUGAGGCGCAUAGCAAUUUUUCACCAGACGAAAUACCCGAACCUAUUAAGGUGCUAGAUGAUAUAAUCUCUGAAUUCGAAGACACAUCAAAGCCAACGAACGCAGGUGGUAACGGUGAAAAUCAGUCCGAGGAUGAUGGUUACAUGAGUUUAAGUCGAAAGAACAUGCACAAGCAAGACUUCGAGAAUGUCUCACAGAGCAGUAUAGGCAGUAAUGUACCACCAGUCACGACACCAACUCAAGAGUUUCACGAAUUUAACAACACCACAGAUGUUACCUGCCAAAGCUUGGAGAAGCCUGUCGAUCAAAAUAUUAUACAAUCCACUUUGCCAAAAGCGCGUCCAGCUUCUGCGUUGACGAGCAACAACUACUCUAGUCUUCCAUGUUGUGGUGCGCGCUCUACAUCAUUGGACGGUAAAACGACGCGCGGCGUUAGCUGUAAUGGUGAACGCAAUAAGCUGGGUAUCGAUAUUAGUGCGGUACAUAAUGCAGUGCUACGCGGUGGACUGGCAAAGCUACCAGAGCCAAUUCUAAAUGAGCAUCCCGUUACUAUCUAUCCCGGCCGUUAUUCACCAUCAGCCGAACACAAACGAAAUGCUAAUCGUCCACAGCGUAUUUUAUCCUCUGUUGAGAAACACAAAGAAGUUUGUCACAUGCUUAAUCCUUUGUCAUCGAUUUCCUCUUCAUCUUCCUCGUCAAGUUCGAAUUGUGUGGGCUUGUUGGAUAGCAGCAAAAUGACAGAUAUCCCUAAUAAUAUUUUGAAAAAGCCAUAUAUACGUAAGGAUCUUGUUACAAAUGAAUUUAGAUUAGUAAGUGAAGAUGAUUUCUCGGACGAUUCGAUUGAAGAGCAAUCAUUGUCGCCAAUCACUUCACACUCCUCGCCACAUAAACAAACUGGCAUUGCGUGGGAGAUACAUUUCAAGAGCAACAAAAAGAAAUCGCGAAGUUCAGCGAAGAAAAAGCCGCCACGCAAACAUACCGCCGAUUGCAUUGCUAAGACGGAAAAUGGCGGAUAUCCUUUACCCAUAGUGACUGGUGAUUCAUUUUAUUCCAAAGAUGCUGAACGUGGGUACCGUCGAGAACCGGUUGUUAUAGAUGCAUUGGAUGGGCCAGACCACUGCUCGGGCCAGACCACGGCGGAUAUUUUAAAUCACUGUUUGUAUCGCCAUACAAAUAUGUUGGGCAAAGGCACAUUUAUAAUACGACGGGCCACAAAGAAACCACCAACCACAAUGGAUAUAUUUCGCAAUGAAACUGAAGAUUUGGAUGGUAUGCGCACACAAGACCAAAGCGACUAUGAAGAGUUUUCAUCGAUGGAAGGUCACGAAAACUGCAAGCCAAAUGAGACAUUAAGCUCGAAUUCCAGACACAGCAUAGAAUUAGUAGCGCCUGUAGGACCCACUUUGCCAUCACCCAGGGACCGCCUUUCUUUAAAUCUGGAACCACAAUUACCAAAUAUUUUUACCAAAGAAAUGUUGGCUGUGCAUAAAGGAGAGCGUUCAUCCUCCGAAGAACUUCUGGCACCUACUAAGAAGGCAUCGCUUAAAAGAGAAAAUAAAAGACGCAGUACUGACUCGAUCAACACAAAGUCUUCCAGCUAUGAAGAAACUGAGGAAAAUGAAUCGAACGACAGUGCUAACUUGUUUUCGAACAAAAAAAGUUUCGAUGCUUGUAAUUUGUAUGCUUAUAAGAACGAUGCCGCAGGCUGUAUGAAAGGAUCAGAGUUUGCAGACUUACGCUCCUCAACAACAACGACUCCACACACCGAUCUAGCGCCAACACUUGAAGAGGAAGAAGAACAAUACAGCGAUUUCAGCUAUAGCGGUGCGCCUAUUGAACAAAUUGAGAAUAUCGACAGCAAUAUAAACGCAUUACUGCGUGGAGAUAUUGCGGCGGUACGUAUUGUUGAAGGCGGUGCGCAUCCUAAACGUCCACUCGAAUUUCGUCCCGGUGUGCAUAAAUCGGAGAGCGCAAAAGAGAUGCUGCUGUCUCAAAGUGCAUUCGGUCCAUUGCCACCAUCGCCACCGUCAUCUAAUCCGGACUUAUUUGAUUACGAUGCUCUACCACUGCCACCGUCACCGAAGGAUGCCCUCUUGAUUAAUGAGAGCAAUCGCAGCCUUGUUAAAGGUUUUAAGAAGACGACAACUGCCGAAAUUCAUACGCCUUCCUCCUUGGGCGAUGAACGUCGAAAUCGUGACAAUAUGAACGCUUUGCGUUAUCUAAGCAACGAUUUGCCACCCUUACCACCGCCCGCUUUCGAGAAUAUGCCACCAGCUGUGCCACCACAUCGUGGACAUUCAGUGAAUACGAUGAAAUCCUGGUCCAUUGAUUCGCAUUACAAGAAAAAAUCACCGAAAAUGUUGGGUUACGGUAGCGGCAUUACUACGCCAACGGGAUCUCAAUACGAAGGUUCGUACUCAACGAAGCGUUAUGUUUCCUAUGGCACCAAACGGAGCCUGAAACAAUCGCCGCGCGAAGAAUUGCGUUUGCAAACUUCAUGCAGUCUUCCGGAGACACCAAUUUUUGCACGAGGAAGCUGUGACAUACCGCGCACCCCGUUCAGACGACAACCCGAAAGUGCCAUAAGCGGUUCGCGCACAGCACCUCGUUCCAGCACAUCACACAGUAUUAAUAUAGGCAACACGUUGGGUGGAAUGCCAAGUGGUGGCAAUACAUUCGGCGCAGGUAUGUGCCGGCAACGUUCUAUGAACCAUGCGCUUGCUUCGAAUGAGAUGUUACGGUUGGCCGGUGCACCAGCACGGGGCUGGUAUCCGAAACAACGCUCUAUGCGCCCAGCCUCUACCGAAAAUAUUGAUCGUCUGAGCUCAUCGCGCGUUUGGGAUAGUGCUGCCGGCAUGUCUGGUACCGGGCAGUCGAGGAAACCGUUAACGUUGCCGCCAAAUUUGACGCCAUCUUUUUUAAAUAAGUCACCAAGAGAGGCUCUACGUCGCGUAACGAGUCUUUUGAUAGCGAAGAAGAAAAACACUAAAGAGCGCAAGGGUAAGCCAUAUUCGGAUGCCACAUUCGAUGGAAAUCUGACUUUCGAGCAAGAAACUACAGUCCCCACUCCAAAGGAUAAUGCACGCAACUUUAACAAUACGUCACAGAAGCCUCAGAAGAAAAAAGGCCUUUUUAAAAGCUUAUGGAAAAAAACAAAACACUUUUCACUAGAUCAAUAAGUAGCAAUAACAGAGCAUACACAAACCAUUAAAAUACGGAAUAUUUACACAAUUAGCACACAAAUCCUACCCAUCCAUCCAUCCAAAGAGCCGCAAACAUUCACAUACACCCACACAUAACCACAUCUAACAGAGUUGCAGAUUACCGAUUAUUAUCAUCUAUUUAUUAUCGUUAUAUACUCACAGUUGGCAUAAUUUAUAGCCGUUGAUAUGAUGCUCAUACUUACAUACAUACAUAGGUGCAUACAUAAAUACUUUAAAAGCGACAGCAUAUAAAAUGCGAUGCCAGACAAAUUUUUACAUAAAAUAAAUAAAUAACACAAGCAUCAAUACACAAAAUUACGAGUACGAGUACGAGUACAUUAAAUGAAAAUGCAUAAAACGGAAAAUUACGACACACAGAGUAUAGAAAUGCACAAAGCCGCAAAAAUAAGACUGAAUUUAAAAAAAGGAACAAAAAUUUAAAUAUUGAUAUUUCAAAUAUAAGACACAACUCAGUUCAGCUUCACUUACCUAAAACUGGAAAACAAAAACAAAAACAAAAAAAAGCAAAAAAACAAAAACAAAAGACAACAAUAUCUUCUCAUUUUUUAAGAGUUAAUAAAACAAAAAUGUUCAGAUUAGCACGAAUCUAAAAACUACAUACUAUAAUAAAAAUUUCGUCAAACAACUUUGGUACCAGCAACUUUGUAGUAGAAUUUAGAUCCGAAAUUUCGAGACUUGUGUAAAUUGACUGUAUCUAAUUAGAAUUUAGCCAUACAUUGAAGCAAAGCCAAGCAAACACACGAGGCAACUACCUAGUCAACAAAUUAAGAUUUUUGUAGGAUAAAGUACUUAUUUUCCACACACUUCCAACUUACACUGUAGCAACAACUACACUAGAAGAACCUGUGUUGGGUUAAACUAAUUAAGAAACGAAUACUUUUAGCAUUUAAAUGCAUAUUUUCGUAUAUUUUACUUCAUUUUUAAGUAUACAUAAAUAUGUAUUUUGAAAAAUUAUAAUAUUUUGAAAAAGAAAAAAACAAAAAAGGUCCUCUCUAUUAAGCACUAUUGGGCUCUCGCAUGUUAUAUGUAUGUAGUCAUUGGAAAAAGUAUUAUUUAUUCAAUGUUUAUUUAAAGUAUAUAUACGUACAUGUAUUAUUAGUCAUUUUUAUAAAGCAAAUAAAGUUAGAAAGAAAACAAAAGGAGUUAGUAGGAAAGCACCAAAUUGUAAUAUCACUCAAAUGAACUUAUUUUUAUGAACGUUAGAUUUGCAUCUACGAGCAAAAACAAAAAUUAGGCCCGUACGGCGUGAGUUUUGUUUACAGCCAUGAACGAAAGUAAAUGACACAAAAAACAAAAAAUCCAAUGUUUGUAUGUAGUUUGUCAGCAGUUAUUGAUGCAAAUAGGUAUACCUAAAGCAUGAAAACUCACUUGGAAAAUGAUGGCGAGGCUUAAAACUGUUAUUUCCGAAAGUGCCAGGUGGAAAAUUGAAAAAUAGUAGAGUAUAGUAAACCAGCGAAAAAGCUUUGCUCUGUCUCUUUGGCGUAACGAAAAUGAAAGUUAAAAGUUUAACGAAAAUCAAAGAAGAAAUAUCGUGGAAUACUUAAAAUUCGCUUUGCUAAACGCACAACUCCGAAAGAUUAUAGGCAUACAUGAAGGCGAAUUGAAUGCAAUAGGUGGCACCCUCCUAAAUUUCUUACUUUGUUGUUCUCAAUUUUGACAAGUCUGACAUUAGGCUCCUUUUCAAUCCAAAACAAAUAAAAGGAGGAGAAAUUACAUGUUCAAGGCGAAUUGAGUACCUUAAGUGGUGCCUUCCUAAAAUAGUUAUUUUAUUUUUCGCUAUUUUGACAAGUCUGACGUCAGGCUCCUUUCCAAUACAAAACAAACAAAAGGAGGAGAAGAAGUUACAUGUUCAAGGCGAAUUGAGUACCAUAGGUGGUGCCUUCCCAAAACAGUUACUUUGUUUUACGCGAUUUUGACAAGUCUGACGUCAGGUCCUUUUCCAAUACAAAACAAACAAAAGGAGAACGAGAAAUUGCAUCUUGAAGGGCGAAUUGAGUAUCUUAGGUGGUGCCUUCCUAAAAUAGUUUUGUUUUUCACGACUUUAACAAGUCUGACGUCAGACUCCUUUCCAAUGCAAAACAAACGAACAAAACAAACAAAAGGAGGAGGAGAAAUUACAUGUUCAAGGUGAAUUGAGUACCAUAGGUGGUGCCUUCCCAAAACAGUUACUUUGUUUUACGCGAUUUUGACAUGUCUGACGUCAGGCUCCUUUCCAAUACAAAACAAACAAAAGGAGGAGGAGAAGUUACAUGUUCAAGGCGAAUUGAGUACCAUAGUUGGUGCCUUCCCAAAACAGUUACUUUCGCGAUUUUGACAAGUCUGACGUCAGGUCCAUUUCCAACACAAAACAAACAAAAGGAGAACGAGAAAUUGCAUCUUCAAGGGCGAAUUGAGUACAAUAGGUGACGCCUUCCUAAAAUACAAUAGUUAUUUUAUUUUUCGCGAUUUUGACAAGUCUGACGUCAGACUCCCUUCCAAUGCAAAAUAAACGAACAAAACAAACAAAAGGAGAAGGAAAAGUUACAUGUUCAAGAUGAAUUGGGCAAUAAAGGUGGCGACUUCCCACAGUUACUUAAUUUUUAGCAAACCUGACGUCAGGUCCCUUUAGAUACAAAAUAAACGAAUAAAACAAACAAUUCUGGAUAGGUGCUACAAUAUCCAGAACGCUAUUGGGCCACAGUUACGCGGGUCUCGCGGAGAAGCUGGAGCUCUUCGUCUGCAAAAGGAGGUGGUUGGGCUCUGAUAACAGCAUUCGGCGGUCGGGAGUUUAGGAAAGUGGUAAAGGUCUCCCGGUUAAUGUCGUUUAGUUUUUGCCUGUAUACUAUCCGAUCUAGUAGUUCUAAGUAUUUUGUUCUGGAUCUCGUCAGUUUAGUUUAAGAUAUGUCUCCUGACGCGCUUUGGAGGGGACUCGGGAUACCUGCGGUAGCACCCAAGCAGAAACCGCUUGCUGAGCAGUUUGUUGUGCUACUUUACAGGAAGCAGGUGUAGGUGUUGCAGAAGGAACAUCAGGAGACAUCCCGUGACUGUCCGGAUAUUCUGACAGGUGUGAAGCUUUAUCCACUGUGAAUCAUUGGUUACAGGCGACCAGACAGACGCAGCGUAGUUUAUAGCCGACCACUCAAUUGCUUUAAAUGUCGCCAGCAACUUUUCUUUGUCGGCGCAACCUGGUAUUCUAUCAUCCUUGUCCUUGCAGUACACUAAGGCUGUUCAAGCUGUAAUAAUUGCGGCAGUAUUAUGAGAGAGCAUCACAUUCAGUACGAGUCCUUCCUAAAAGAAGUUCUAAGCCAUCAAUAGUGGAUUUCAUCAGAAAACAAUCUUCAUCGCUGAAGCUUACUUUUGACUGCAAAGCUUUAUCAAUAGGAAAAAUAUUCGUUAUUAGACAGUAGCAAACCUCUAUGUGCUUCAAGAUACUCAACUGCGACCUCAAAGAGUGAUACUGUUGUGUGGAUCUCAUUUAGAAGGUUGAGUAAAUCGCAUUUUUAUGCCAUUUUUUCUCAGUAAAAGUUCUCACCCCGUUAUGGUCGGCAUUUUUGUUUUAACACCAUAAAACACUCCCCAUAAAUUUUUGUUGAAUGCUUCUGUAACAUACCAGCGGAUCGUUCCGGUCAUGUAGAACCGAAUGACGGAGUAGCAUCUAUGUUACGCUCAAAACAGCUUCCUAUUGUGCCUUGUUAGAACAACUUAUCCAUCGGUUCCAUUGAAUCCGACAUCGCUGAUCAAAUAUUUGAAUUACUGAUUCCCGAGAAAUGAUCCGGUAUCUAUCUCGCUUAUACGAUUUAACGCCCUCGAAUUUCUUUUUAUGGAGUCACGUUAAUUCGUUGGUUUAAGCUCACAAGGAGAUAUAGGAGGCAAGGAAGCUUAGGCUCAUUCAUUAAGAGAAGUUCAGAAACAAUAUUCCACGCCAAAAUAUUUAUGAAAAAAGUAGCUGGAAAUUAGCUUCGAGGAAACGAACGGUCCAAACGUCUUCUGGGAGGCCAUGUGAGACAUGCGAUAUCUAAAACAUUCUAUGUUUUACUUAAGUGCACAUUUUUUAAGUCCCCUUAAAAACCCUUUACUACAAUACGAUGUAGUCUCUUUGAAGAUGCGUUAGAAGCUUGUUAGGGAGUGUCUGCUCUUCUUUUAAUCGGUUUGUAAUACUUUCUAAGCAAUCUAAAUUUAAUACCAGCAUACAACGACAUUUUGGGGGUCUGCUCUGGCCAUCGGUACAACAGUCAAAUUGCUCUUGAGCAAAUUAACUUUAAAUCAGUCAUUCAGAACCUGUAAGAUUGCGAAAUUCUCCGCUUGGUUGAAAGCGAUCAAGGAAGCUUCUAAGGCUAUCCCAGCGGUAAUCCUUAACAAGAUCAGAAUUAUUAUGCGGUGAAAAUCAUUCUUGCAAACCAGUAGACCAGAUAUCAUUGGUCCCCGUUUCAGUUUUAAGCUUUAACUCAACCCGAGGCCGUUUUAUUAUAUAUAUUCUUAGGUGUUUGCUAUUGCCACACACAAAGGAUCUGGGUGCAUGCUUUGCUAGUUCUUCAAAUCGAACGGACUGGUUUUUUCGAGUCACGUAAUAAAAGCGGCAGCAUUGAAAAAGAAGAAGACAAAGAAACAAAUUUUGGCAGUUAGAACACUGAAGACUUUUCGAAAUUACUAGAAUUUCAUGUCGAACGUGAUACCUCAAAAAAAACUUGAGCAACAUAGCGUUUGUGAUUCUAAGCGCGACCACCGCGACCUUUACAAACUGCUACCGUUUGUCUUACAGUGCCAAAAUCAAAUUGAUUCGAACGUCCAGCGGACUGCUGGUUAGGACAACCAGCAGGUGGAGGGCAGCCAUUGGGUUUAAAAUUAAUAUUAUUCAAUAUUAAUGGGCGGCCGCCGUAGCCGAAUGGUUGGCGCGUGACUACCAUUCGGGAGUGCGUAGCUUCGAGUUACCGUGCAUGAAACAGCAUGAAAAUGAUAGAAAAAGUUUUUUCCAACAGCGGUGGUCCAUCGGCAGAUCAUGGAAAACCACCGAGUGUAUUUCUGCAAUGAAAAAGCUGCUCAAAGAACCACUUUGGAGUCGGUUUAAAACUGUAGGUCCCUCACAUCAAGACGCACGCCACAAAUAGGAGCAGGAGCUCGGCCAAACACAUAGCAGAAGUGUACGCGCCAACUAUUUAUUUCUGUUUUUUCAAUAUUAACUGAGCUCUAACCAAGUCACAUGCAUUAAAGGUGGUGGCACUAGAGCAAGAACAAUUUUUUGUACGUUUGGUUGUCAAAGCAAAGUAUGGGCAAAGUAGAAAACAAAUAAUGAAUUCGCUUUGUUUCAUUCUGGGUUGACAGCCACAUAGACACGGCGAAAGAAAAAAAAAUAAAUCAACUGAUUUACCGAUACCACCUUUAAUAGAUUCGCCUUGGCUUUAACCGACCAUAAAUAUGUAAAAACAAACAUUCAUUUCACGAUGCUUUGUUUUUUGGGUUGUGCUCAUAACCCAAUUUGGAGUAGCAAAUUUAGCAAAGUUAAUUUCAAUAUUCCACUUCUGAAUUAAUACUGUAUAUAAUUGCACAUUAACUGCAUUAAUAUUUCACAUUAACUGGAUAAUAUGGGUAAUAUUAAUUCUUCCCUCAUUUUUACCAAUAUUCAGCGAUCCAGGAAAAUCAAUUUCCAAUCGACUAAUUUCAAAACUUUCUGCUUAGAACGUCAUUUUCCAAAUGAGUUGUGUUUUUCUUUCUUCAAACGACUACUAGAAUGUGCCACAAAGUUGUACGAUUGCACCUGUAUUUCUUAGCAGCUAUAAGUAAAAUAAAACAAGCUUCAAGGAUUUCAUAUACAUUCCUGAAUGUACACAGAGUUAAAGUCACUGACACAUAGACAGCCAUACACCACAAACACAAGAAGCAAAGAUCAUAUUGUCAUAUGUAUAUACAUAGUACAUACUUAUAUACUAUACUGUAUGCACAGUGUCAUAGUGCUCAACUUUUUUGGAACACGAAAUCCAUGGUCCUGUCCCCCUUUUUCGCGGGGAUAAUUGCAUCGUAUGAAUAUAACAAUUGAAUAUUUAAUAAGAAUAAAGUUUUAAUUACUUAUACAUACUGAAUCCGCUCGAUUGCAUUUUUAUUUGAUAUUUUUUUGUUUGUUUGUUAUUCGGUUACUAAUAUCCUAAAAUAUGUUAUUAUAACUUGUGCCAGGUUUGUAUACAAAAUAUGGCUCAGAGUAAAGGGUAAAAAAAAAAAAAAGAAUUAAGAGACUAAACGCUCACCACUGUCCGGUCAAACAA